AUGUCCUGGCGCAACCAAGGCAUCACGGGCUCGAAUAACAUCCCUCUAGGAAAGCGACGCUUUGCCGAUGACGAGGAGCAAGCCGUCGAUCGUGACGACACUUUCCGUGGUCGCGACCCUGAACCUAGAAGUGAAGCAGACGGCCCCCGGCGAAGAAAGAAGCGCAACAGAUGGGGCGACGCGUCCGAGAACAAGGCUGCCGGCCUCAUGGGUCUUCCCACCGCCAUCAUGUCCAACAUGACAAGCGAGCAGCUGGAAGCCUACACACUGCAUCUUCGCAUCGAGGAGAUCAGCCAAAAGCUGCGCAUCGACGAUGUCGUUCCAGCAGACGGCGACAGAUCACCCUCGCCAGCUCCACAGUAUGAUAACCAUGGCCGACGUAUCAACACUCGAGAGUAUAGAUACCGCAAAAAAUUGGAAGACGAACGACACAAGCUGAUUGAAAAAGCCAUGAAGACGAUUCCUAACUAUCACCCUCCACAGGACUAUCGCAGGCCAACAAAGACCCAAGAGAAGGUUUAUGUGCCUGUGAAUGACUACCCGGAGAUUAACUUCAUUGGCUUACUUAUCGGACCCCGUGGUAAUACUCUCAAAAAGAUGGAAGGAGAAUCCGGUGCCAAGAUUGCUAUUCGAGGCAAAGGUUCCGUCAAGGAGGGCAAAGGUCGUUCGGAUGCUGCUCACUCAAGCAACCAGGAGGAGGACCUGCACUGCCUCAUCAUGGCCGAUACGGAGGACAAGAUUAACAAGGCGAAACAGCUUAUCCACAACGUCAUUGAAACGGCUGCUUCAAUCCCCGAGGGUCAGAACGAGCUCAAGAGAAACCAACUUCGAGAGCUGGCUGCUCUCAACGGUACCCUCCGUGACGACGAGAACCAAGCUUGUCAGAACUGUGGCAAGAUAGGUCAUCGCAAGUAUGAUUGCCCCGAGCGCCAAAACUACACUGCCAGCAUUAUUUGUCGUGUGUGUGGAAACGCGGGGCACAUGGCCCGUGACUGUCCCGACCGACAGAGGGGUGCUAGCUGGCGUAACGAAGGCCGUCCCGCUGCUAGGAUCGGUGGCGGCGACGCUGUUGAUCGUGAAAUGGAGCAACUUAUGCAAGAGCUUGAUGGAGGCUCCGGCGGUCCCCCCGCUCGUAUUGAGGCCGGGCCAGGGGGAGACGCAGCCGGCAGUGCUAACAACAUGGGGAACGAUGCCAAGCCUUGGCAGCGCGGGCCAACAGGCGGUCCAGCGCCUUGGCGAACCAGGCACCACGAUUCCAACGACGGAGAGUCUCGAGGUUCUGGUGCGGCACCACCUUGGGCUCGAGAGCGGAAUCGUGGCUAUGACAACCACGGAGAUCGCGAUCGGGACCGCGACCACCGCAACCGCGACCACCGCGACCACCGUGACCACCGCGACCACCGCGACCACCGCGACCACCGCGACCGUGACUGGGACAGGGACAGGGACAGGGACUAUCAUUACGGCAACGGGCAUGGCUACGGAGGCUCGUCAGGUGCAUCAGCCCCUCCACCGUGGCAUCACCAGUCCCAGCACCAGGCACCUGGAACCCAGAACGGCUAUUCUGGCUAUGGCGGCUACGGUAGCUACGCCCCUCCGCCAGGACUUGCCGCACCCCCCGGUUUGCCAAAAUACUCGGGUUCUGGAGCUCCUCCGCCUCCUCCGCCCUCCGGCGAUACGCCGCCGCCGCCGCCGCCUCCUCCUCCACCUCCUCCCGGAGCUUGA